AUGAGUAAACGAAAACGAGCGGAGUCGAAAUCAUCAAUCGGUGGUCUAAAGGAAGACGAGAAUAAGCUUCUAGAUCUGAUUCGGAGCAAGGAAGGGAUGGGAGCAACUACAUUCGAGAUGAAAUUAGAGACAAAGAUCGUACCAGCUCUGAUAACUCGAUCAAUCGCGUCUCUCAAGAAGAACCAUCUAAUCAAAGAGGUUCCAAACAUUAACAACAAAGGUAUCAAACAUUUUCUAGCAGUGGAGUUUGCUCCUUGUAAGGAGCUUACAGGUGGGGAUUGGUACAAUGACGGAACUCUUAAUAUCGAAAAAAUCGAGGAUCUCAAGGGCAUCUGUGUGGCCAUACUGGAUAGCGCAAAGGACAGGGUUGUUACGUUUGAGAUUCUGUCUACAUAUUUCGAAAAGACCAAGGAUAAAUUGACUCGAGAGCAGGUCAAGCAGAUACUCAAGAACUUGGUUUUGGAUAAUGUGAUCAUGGAGGUGACGAGCAAUGGACUUGGUGAGUUUUCCUCUACAAGAAUCGGACAAGUUUGCUACAAAUUGACGGGUAGAAAAUCCGAUAAUGGCAAAGCAAGAGCUGGAGCUUUUGCUUCCGUUCCUUGCGGGGCUUGUCCGCAUAUAGCGCUUUGUUCACCCGACGGGGUUAUCUCCCCGACCACAUGUGAUUAUUUCCAGAAAUGGCUAGACUUUUAG